AUGAGGUAUCUUCACCUCGUCAUUGCCCUGGCAGCUCCGCUGGUGGCGGCAUCUGCAUGCCGACCUCCGAAGUGGAGAGUCGGGCAACCCGUCCAGACCUCCAGCGGCGCCGUCCAGGGUCACGCCGCAUCCACGGCCUCAGAGGUGUCCGAGUAUCUCGGUAUUCCCUAUGCUCAGCCGCCUGUGGGAGCCCUCCGGUUCCAGCCUCCGGUCCGGUACACUGGAAAGGGGAAAAUUGGCGGCAAGAGCUUUGAACUUAUCGACGUGUACGGUAUUACUGAAGUUGGCCGCCGCAUCCUCGCAACCAUCACGAACCCGGGUAUCCCGGUGAGCGAGGAUUGUUUGACGCUGAAUGUCUGGACUAAGCCGCAGACCGGCGAGAAGCGCAAGCCUGUCAUGGUCUACAUCCACGGCGGCUCUUUUGUUUCAGGUAACAUUACGCCGGCCUCAAUGGAUGACUUUACACUGACCAUUUCUAUCGUCUCACCUUCUUUGGAUUUCCGGGUAAUCCACAUGGGCACCAAAACCUCCGGUCUGCUCGAUCAACGUAUGGCUAUUGAAUGGGUCCGCGACAAUAUCGCAUCCUUUCGGGCGGCGACCCGAAACGCAUCACUCUGUUUGGCGAGUCCGCGGGUGGUGCCUCCGUUGAUCCGUCCAUACCUCCCACCCCCGGGCCCUCAACUCCACCCAACGUCUAACCCCUAUUCAGACUACUCCUUCGCCUGGCCGCACGACCCCAUCGUCGCUGGCCUCAUCUCUAUGUCCGGCACCGCCAGCGGCAUCACCCCGCGCCCUACCUCCCUCGCCACCUCCCUCUGGUACAACACCACGCGCGCCCUCAACUGCGGCGACGCCCACGCCCCGCCCUCCACCCAGCUCACCUGCAUGCAAUCCAUCCCGGCCCCCGCCCUCAUCGCCACCCUUCUGAACACCAUCUCCGCCCCCCACUCCACUCCCUACUCCCCCACCAUCGACGAGCACCUCGUCUUCACCAACCCCAACCACCACCCCACCGCGCACAUCCCCCUCCUCAUCGGCACCACCGACAACGAAUCGGGCCUCUUCCGCGUCUUCGUCCCCCCCCAGCAACCCACCCUCACCCCCAGCCAAGAAAACAUCUUCUGGCACGGCCAGAACCAACGCAACUUCGUGUGCCCCGCCGCCGCGCGCGCCGGCCGCUCCGCCCGCGAGGGGAUCCCCACCUGGCGCUAUCGCUGGCACGGCGUGUUUCCGAACACGGAGUUGGCGACCACCCCGCCAAGUGGCGCGUACCAUGACUCGGAGGUCGCGGUGCUGUUUGGGACGGUGGAUGGGUCGGUGGUGGGGGAUACGGAGGGGGAGGGGGGAGGUGGGGAGGUAUAUGCGGGUGGCGUGGGCGGGGUUUGCGACGGAGCCCGUGGGGGGGGUUGGAGAGGUAUGGGAGAGGGGGUGGGGGAAAUGGGGGGAAGGGUAAGGGGGAGGGAAAGGGGGAGGGAAAGGGGAAGGAGAAGGGGUGGCCGAGGUACGUGGCGGGGGAGGAGACGUUGGUUAGGUUGGAGGUGGGAGGGAGAAGCCGGGGGCGAGUAUGGUUAG